CUACAACCGGCGAUCCAAGAGCCCUGGAGCUCUCCUUGCAUGACUCGCCGCGAUUUGCGACGGCUGUCUGGCCACUCACUCAUCAGUCCUGCUGGUGCCCUCCUCGCCCUCCCUCCCGAAGCCACGCCCGCAGCUACUUAAGCCGGUGUAUCUUGGCUGCUUUUUACGUGCGCCACCCCGAAAAAAAGCUCGGCACGUAGUAGUGAGACGCAUCAUCUUCCCGCCUCCGGCCUUCGGAGUCCACACGGCCUUAUCCUCCACCACAAAACGAUCGCAUCCCACGCUUUUGAGCUCGGGGCGGUCGCGCAGAGAAAGCAGCCGACUGAAUACCUGGACCAGCCUCGCUUGCGCGGUCCAAGAUCCAACAAUCAUGGAUUCUGUCGUGGACACCGCCGACGUCAACAAGGCGCUCGAUCUUUCGCACAUCCGGUUCCAAUUGAUCCGGUUGGAGGACACCAUCACCUUCCACCUCAUCGAGCGGGUGCAAUUCGCCCUAAACAAGACCAUCUAUGUCCCUGGUGCGAUCCAUAUUCCCAACAGCCAUCUGAGCUUCUUCGACUGGUACUUCUCCGAGCAGGAGAAGCUGCAGUCCCUGAUACGCCGCUACGAAUCGCCCGACGAGUAUCCGUUCUUCCCUCAAGCCGUCCAGACGCCCAUUCUCAAGCCACUCAACUACCCCAAGAUCCUACACGAAAACGAUGUCAAUGUCAACGACAAAAUCAAGGCCUUCUACAUUGACAAGUUCCUUCCGGCCGUAUGCCCGGACUUUGGACGCGAGGACCGCGGCGAGUCGGAGGAAAACUAUGGUUCCACUGCGACGUGUGACUUUGCCUGCUUGCAGGCCCUAUCGCGGCGCAUCCAUUUCGGCAAGUUUGUUGCCGAGUCCAAGUUCCGCUCGGACCCGGAAAAGUACACGCGCAUGAUUCGGGCCUCUGACCGCGAGGGCAUCGCGGCGUCCAUCACCAACUCGGCUGUCGAGAAGACCAUUCUCGAACGGCUGCGACUAAAGGGCCUUACGUAUGGAACUGAUCCCAGUGCCCCUGGGGGCACCGAGGGACCAACCAAGAUCAAUGUCGACGCCCUUGUGUCCAUGUACAAGGACUUCGUUAUCCCAUUGACUAAAGAAGUUGAGGUGGAGUACUUGAUGCAGAGACUUGAGAAGCCCAGUGCUUAACAGCUUUAUUUGAUUAUUGGGGAGGGCUUAGGUACUCGUUAAUGGCCUUGACUGCGCC